AUGGGGCACUGGGCGCUGCCGCCUGGUUGGGUUUCUGCUACGGUGUUGCUGGCGCUGGCCGCUCUGCCUGCAGCUCUGGCCGCCAACAGCAGUGGCCGAUGGUGGGGCAUCGUGAACGUAGCUUCCUCCACGAACCUACUGACCGACUCCAAGAGCCUGCAACUGGUGCUCGAGCCCAGUCUGCAGCUGCUGAGCCGCAAACAGCGGCGGCUGAUCCGCCAGAACCCGGGGAUCCUGCACAGCGUGAGCGGGGGGCUGCAGAGCGCUGUGCGAGAGUGCAAGUGGCAGUUCCGGAACCGCCGCUGGAACUGCCCCACAGCUUCGGGGCCCCACCUCUUCGGCAAGAUCGUCAACCGAGGCUGUCGGGAAACAGCAUUUAUCUUCGCCAUCACCUCCGCCGGGGUUACCCAUUCGGUGGCGCGCUCCUGCUCCGAGGGCUCCAUCGAAUCGUGCACGUGUGACUAUCGGAGGCGCGGCCCUGGGGGUCCCGACUGGCACUGGGGGGGCUGCAGUGACAACAUCGACUUUGGCCGCCUCUUUGGCCGAGAGUUUGUGGAUUCCGGGGAGAAGGGGCGGGACCUGCGCUUCCUCAUGAACCUGCACAACAACGAGGCGGGCCGAACGACCGUGUUCUCUGAGAUGCGCCAGGAGUGCAAGUGCCACGGCAUGUCCGGCUCCUGCACGGUGCGCACGUGCUGGAUGCGGCUGCCCACGCUGCGCGCUGUGGGCGACGUGCUGCGCGACCGCUUCGACGGAGCCUCCCGCGUCCUCUACGGCAACCGCGGCAGCAACCGCGCCUCGAGGGCGGAGCUGCUCCGCCUCGAGCCCGAAGACCCCGCGCACAAACCACCUUCACCGCACGACCUUGUGUACUUCGAGAAAUCGCCCAACUUCUGUACCUACAGCGGACGCCUGGGUACAGCGGGCACGGCGGGGCGCGCCUGCAACAGCUCGUCGCCCGCGCUGGACGGCUGUGAGCUGCUCUGCUGCGGCCGGGGCCAUCGCACACGCACGCAGCGCGUCACCGAGCGCUGCAACUGCACCUUCCACUGGUGCUGCCACGUCAGCUGCCGCAACUGCACGCACACGCGCGUCCUGCACGAGUGUCUGUGA